UCAUCUCUUUCCUUUUAUGUACUGGUACCUAUGCCGUUUACGUCAAGUCCAUGAAUACUAAAUGAUAAACGAAUGUUAUCAGCAAGUAUUUCUUCUAACAUCUAUUAUAAUUUUCAACUAAGGCAAUUAAUAGUUUCUUUGUUUUUUAUUAAUGUCAUGAGUAUCGAAUAUAUUCAUCGGCAAUGUCAAAAUUUUGCCAUAACCUAAUUUAAAUUUCAUUAAUAUUAAAUAAGAUUACAUAAAAAAGAGCUCAAUUAUAAUGAAAUAAUAAAAAAAAAGAUAAUUUUCCGAUUACCGUGUCACCAACAAAUAGUGACCAUUAUUUAACAAGUUGACUUUGUGUAAAUGAAAAUAAAUAGUAGAAGAACCAUAAAGGAAAAAAUAGGAUUUGUUUUGUUUUUUUUAGUUUAAAAAAAAAAGGCACAAACGUUGCUUUCGAUGCGGUAUUAUGCAGUCAACAAAGUAACGUGACACAAUUUCCUUCGUCAUAUUCUUCUUAUAUUUCUUUCUAUGCUUUUUUAAAAUUUGGCUCGCAUACGCUAAGAUAAAUAUAAUAUAAAUACCAAAUAAAACACCAUGUUUCAGAAAGAUGGAGUCAGAUUGCGUCAGAAUACUACACGCAGAUUCUUGGAUAGUAAUUCACAAGAUGAUAGGAUUAUUUUUAAGAGGAAAGAUAUACUGCCAAAUGAAACUCCACAUUUAUUUUUUGUGCUUACUUUUUUUCUAUUUCUAUCCUUCAUUAUUAUUGUGUUAGAGAAACAUUUACCAGAACCUUGUACGAUAGAAAAUGAAGAACUUUAUCCUGGUAGAUUUAUUGCCGAAAGAGCUCGUAAUCACAUAAUAAACCUUACAUCUAUUGGCCCACGAAUUGUUGGAAGCUAUGAGAAUGAAGUAUUAGCUGUUAAAUAUUUAACGACGGCAAUUAAUGAAAUUGUCAAUAAUAUGCAUGAAAGUCAUAAAAUUACAAUCGAUAUUACUAAGCAUAGCGGAUCAUUUCCAUUGAAAUUCUUAGAUGGCAUGACAAAUGUAUAUAGAAGUGUUCAGAAUGUUGUUGUUAAAAUUGGGCCACGUAAUCCAGCAAACUAUAGUUUAUUGAUAAAUUGUCAUUUUGAUACCUUUCCGGAGAGUCCAGGUGGUUCUGAUGAUGCUGCUGGAUGUGCUGUGAUGUUAGAAAUAUUACGCGUAAUUGCUUACAGUCCACAGUUUUUGAAGCAUAAUAUUAUUUUUUUAUUUAAUGGAGCAGAAGAGAAUUUAUUAGAGGCUUCACAUGGUUUUAUAACGCAACACUCUUGGGCCAAGGAGAUUAGAACUUUUAUAAACUUGGAAGCAUGUGGUGCAGGUGGCAGAGAAUUACUGUUUCAAGCUGGUCCUAAUAGUCCAUGGAUUUUGGAGAUUUAUUCUAGAUCAGUUCCAUAUCCAUUUGCAUCAUCCUUGGCGCAAGAAAUAUUCGAAAGUGGCAUUGUUCCUGGAGAUACUGAUUUCCGAAUAUUCCGAGAUUUUGGAAAUAUUUCUGGUGUAGAUUUUGCUUGGUCAACCAAUGGUUAUGUUUAUCAUACAAAGUUUGACACAGUCGAUCAAAUUCCAUUAGGAUCUUUGCAGAGGACUGGAGAUAAUAUUCUUGCUCUUGGCCGAGGAAUAAUGUUAGAGGAUUUGCCGGAUAUAACGUCACAGAAUGCAGUAGAAAAUAUUGUAUUUUUUGAUUUUUUGGGUGCAUUCGUUAUCAGAUGGCCAUUGUAUGUUGCAAGCACAAUAAAUAUUCUCUCUAUUUGUAUAGGAAUAUAUUCUAUAUAUAUGAGUAUACAAAAUGCACGCAAAGAUGCAAAGAAGUUCACAUAUUUAAAACAUUUAUUAAUUUGCGUCGUUGUUAUUGUUAGUUCGUGGCUCCUAUCAUCGUUUAUAUGUACAACGAUUGCACGAACUCUUACAAAAUUAGGAAAAGUAAUGAGUUGGUAUGUAAGACCAGCAUGGCUAUUCUUUUUAUAUGUUUGUCCAACUGUUUUCACCUCAAUGAUUUUAUUCUUGUACAUUGGAACUCGACAAAAGAAGGAAAUAAAUUCCAUGUGGACUUUGUAUCAAAUUUAUUGCGAUGCAUAUUCUGUUAUAUGGAUGGUAAUACUUUUCUUAUGUAUUUUACUUAAGAUAAGGUCUGGCUUUAUACCUUUGUAUUGGGUUUUUUUUCCUGCUGUUGGAAACGUAUUACGUCUUAAUUAUUUCUAUAAAUGGAGAGGCUGGAAAUGGCUUUGUUACCACAUAGGAAUGCUCACUUUACCCUAUACGCAAUCAUUUUAUUUAACACUCGGUGCUUUGUAUCUUUUUAUUCCUAUAAUGGGACGUUCUGGCGGUAGCCUUAACUCUGAAGUUGUUAUGGCUAAUAUAUUGUCAUUAUUAUUUUGUUUGUUAUUUAGUUUUACAAUGCCUAUAGUAAUUAUAAUAAAGAAUGCAGAACGGAUUAUAAGCGUAUUGACAGGAAUAUUUUUAAUAGCAAUUGGAAUACUAAUAUUAACACCUCUUGGUUUCCCUUAUAGUGGUAAUCCAUUAUCUCCUGCGCCGCAACGUUUUAUGAUAGCGCACACACAAAGACAAUAUUACCAUUUUGAUGGUAGUCUAAGAUAUUCUGGAACGGGAUAUUGGCUGGUUGAUUUAGAUAUGAAUAGUCCUCACAGUGUACAAUCUAUGGUACCAGAAGUUAACGCUGCCAUACCAACGAUCAAGGAUUGUGAGAACGAGCUAUAUUGUGGUUUACCAUAUUUAAUGCCAGUUACAACAUUUUUAUGGAAGACUAGUUGGAUAUCAGGACCUGCACCAUUUAUAAAUGUUCCAACCAAAUUAGAUCUUAUAUCAAAAAUAAUUAAACAUAAUGUUACAAGUUUUACCUUUAAUGUAACAGGUCCAGAUCACAUAGGUAUAAUUAUUUCUCCGUACAAAAAUGUCCAUUUAGAAAAGUGGAGUAUAUCGGACAAAGAGCCAUUGAAAGGUCCUAUGUGGAAUGGCAGAGAAACUUAUUUCAUUUAUUAUUCUUGUGCCUCUGAUUGUAUUCCUUAUACAUUUUCUCUCGAAUUAAAUGUAUCUACAUUAAAAAAUGUCCCUUCUUUAUCAAUUGCCCUGGCUGGUCAUACAUUGCAUGGAAAAUACCAGAAAUCUUUGAGAUUUAAAGAAUUUUUAAAUCAGUUUCCACCAUGGGCUGUUAUAACACCAUGGACUGCAACAUACACUUCCUGGGAAUUUUAAUGGACCUAAACUCUGCUGUACCAAAUUAAAACCAAAGUUUUAUAUAUAUAUAUAUAUAUAUAUAUAUAUAUUUCUUGAAAAAAAUCAUAAUUAUUUAUAUGUUUAAAAAACGAGGUACCAUGGCAAUAUCAUAGUGCAGAAAAUGCAUUUAUCUAAUUGUUUCGGCCUAGAUCUAAUAAAUGCCUAAUAAUACUUGAGCAUAAUUUCAUAGUUUAUGUAUUAGUCAAUAGUUAAAGUUUGAAUUGAAAAUAGGGUUUAUAAUCUUGAGAUAUAUCUCUCUUCAGUUGUUAUUAUAAUAUUUUUUAAUUUAUUUUUAAUAAUCUAUCAAAUGAUAUGUAAAGUAUAUCGAAGAUGAAAUAAGUUAAAAUAAAUAGAAAUUAAUCAUAAAAGUAAAUUAUAUAUCUUUAUACUCGUAAGUAACUACAUUUGAAUUCAUACAUCCGAUUUGGAACAUUAUGCGAUAAUUUAAUAAACAAUUACAUUACGUUAGCAGGUAUCUUGUUCAUAAAUCGUCGUAGGAUUUUUGCAAAAAAGAAAAAUGCAAAAAGAAUAUUGUAAAUUUAUUAUAUUGUACGUUUAAAUUAUUUUGAAUAUUAGAAAUAUUUUAAUGCGUUUGUACGCGACAUAUCAUGUUGUAAAUCGUAUUUUAAAUCGCAUUGUAAGAUAGGAGAUAGGCGGUAUUUUAGGUCUCUCUUGUUUUGUAAGAGAUGUGCCAAUAUUGAUACAUACUAUGCGGCAUAUUAUAAAGCUAAGUGAAUUAAAGAAAUUUUCUUGGUUAAAUAAAAUUAAAUAGAGUCCUAUAUUCGUGCCAAUUACAAUUGGCAUCUGGUUGAUCGAGCCAUCUGUUUUGUUGUUUUUCUUUUUAUGUUAUUUGAUUUUGUAUGAUUUAUUCGAAAAAUGACAUAUAGAUGUAAUAGAAAUAGUAAAAUAUUAGAAAAUCAAUAUCGACACGUAAUGUUUUUAAAGGCUGAUACAUUGGGUUAUAAAUAAUAUUGCAUAGUUAUGCCAAGAUUAAAUAUUAAUUACGAUUUACGACAUUAGACCAUUUUUAUGGGAUAAGAUUCUACCAAUAAUAGCGUUAAUUAUGCCAACGCAUUGGCACUAUGGAGUUAAAAAGAAAAAGAUAGAAACUCAUAGAUUUUACUAAUUAAAGCGCAAUACAAUUAAGAUCUAGUUGUAAAAUACUUUGUUGACUAGGAAUAUACCAGGUGUAACUUGUUAACGUCUACAUCUAAAUCGAAGUUGAUUGUUAUUUAAAUUAUUCACACUUUAGCAAUAGAUAAUAACCAGUUAUACUGCGAAUGGCCACGAUUUCUUAGAAGAAAGAAUUUUAAAUAACGUUUCAAGCUUGUUACCACUAUUGCGUCCUAAUAUUUAGCUUCAAUUUUCAAUAAAAUUCUUACCUUUAUUUCUUCA